UUCUGUAUGGUGAUUUGCCAAAAACAAAAGAGAAUGUUGUGUAUGUAUCGAAUCAUCAGUGUACAGUUGACUGGAUUAUAGCGGAUAUGUUGGCCAUCAGGCAGAAUGCUAUUGGACAUAUUAAAUAUGUUUUGAAAGAUGGGUUAAAAUGGCUUCCUUUGUACGGGUGGUAUUUUUCUCAGCAUGGAGGCAUCUAUGUAAAACGAAGUGCCAAAUUUGAUGAAAAGAAAAUGAGGAACAACUUACAAACCCAGGCGAAAGCUGAGACUCCGAUGUAUCUUGUGAUUUUUCCUGAGGGAACACGUUAUAAUCCGGAGCUCCCAAAAGUCAUUGCAGAUAGUCAAUCAUAUGCUAAUAAAGAAGGGCUUGCUGUGUUAAAACAUGUUCUUACACCACGAGUGAAGGCUGCACAUGUUGCUGUGGACUCAUUGAAAGAUUACUUAGAUGCAGUUUAUGAUGUUACAGUGGCAUAUGAAGGUACAGUGGACCUUAAAGGACAAAGAAAAGUUGCACCAUCCAUGACAGAUUUUCUUUGUAAGGAGUGCCCAAGAAUCCAUAUUUAUGUUGAUAGAAUUGAUGUAAAGGAUAUUCCGAAAGAACAGAUGUACAUGAGAAGAUGGCUUCAUGAGCGUUUUGAAAUCAAGGAUAAGUUACUAAUAGAAUUCUAUGAUGCGAAAGAUUCUAAAAGAAGAAACAAGUUCCCUGGGAAAUGCGUUCAUUCCAAACUAAGCCUCAAGAAAACUUUACCAUCCUUACUGUUUUUAAGUGGCCUAACUGUUAGUAUGUUACUGACAGAAUCUGGAAGAAAACUUUAUGUGAAAACAUGGAUAUAUGGGACUUUAAUUGGCUGGCUAUGGGUCAGUGUUUCAGCAUAAGGAGACCAUACUGUCUGACACUCCUUGUCCUGUCUUGCUCAUCCCGUGAAACUCUCAUGAAUUUAUAAUGAAAUGUAAAUAAAGCCUUAUUAAUGGAACUUUGGAUAAAUUGCAACUUGUGACCUGUGGCCAUUGUGGGAAAUAAUCUGUAUGUAUUUGUGCUCCUAAUUUUUUCAAGAAGUGCAGCAAAGAAGCAAUUCUGUCCUAACACACCUUUCCCCAUCUGCACAUGUCAAAAUAUGGAUUGGGUUCAGUGUUUUGGCCAACAGAACGAGUUAUAGCAGACAACUUUUUAUUCUUUCCCCAACACCCUGGAAAACCCUCUUAUAUAGGAAACCAUGUGGCAUUUGGGACUUCAGCAGGAGGGGAAAUCUGUUAUAGUUUCCCAUAUUCUUAUGACAACUUUUUGAUUAUUAAUGGAGCUUACUCCAGUCCUGCAAGAAUAAAGACAGCCAUAUGUGGCAGAUUUUACCUCCCCUGCCCACCAGCAACGUUCCAUACUGCUUUGCAUAGUGUUUUGGAAAGCUACCUAACUCCCAGCAGCAGCUUUUCAGAGGCCAGAAAGUUUCUGGGGGUUAGGAAGGCCCAUAGAAUGCUGCAGCUAAGUUAUUUUGCUCAUGGAAGUUUGUAUUAAACUCUUAUUUGUUUAUAGAAGUUAAGUAGCUUAAGUGGACAGUGAACGCUGACAAUACAUUAGGCUAAUAGAUUCAAUCCUACCAGCAUUCUGCUGGCAGAAGGAUAAGGAAGGUUAUUUGUCUGGGUUUCCCCUAUUACUGCAGAACCCCAUUUUUUUUGUCUAGCAGAUUGUCUGGUCCUACCUAGCCUUUUGAGAGUCUGAAGAGGAAGCUGGUGGGAAACUGUUAAGAUUCACCCCCAUGUAGUUUUUUUCUGUCCAAGUUUUGUUCAUUCAUUCACAACUAAAAACCAAAACUAACAUUUACCAACAUCUUGCUUUGUCAUUUUAAUUUAAAAUUUUCCCCAAGUUUGCAAAUACAUUAGUAGAACACAAAUAAUUGCCUUUAAAGUAAAAAAAAGGAGAGACAAGAAUAAGUUAAAUGAUAUUAGAAGCAAGCCUUUAUUGGCAUAGACAGCAGUACAAUAAUAAUAAAAACAGAUUAAAAAGCAUAUACAAUACAGGAUAUACAUGUUAGGCAAAGGAAAUCUACUGCCAUUUAGUAAUUUCCAGGAGAAAGUCUGCCACUAUCAUACAGAGAGAAGGAUCGACUGCAAGUUAAAUGAUAUUUGAAUGUGUUAUGUAGUCAACUGACUUUAAUUACUUUUGUUCACAAAACCUGUGGCUAUUGAAGUCUGAGGCUAAAUUAUUUGUAAUCUGCCUAUGCUAGAUUCCCUGAAGCGCUCGUUGGAGUCCUUCAGCCAAGCUAUUGUUAACUUAUAGUAUGUGUGCCAUAAAUAGUGGUAAACAUUCCAAAGUUUCUUGAUAUCUCCAGAUAGCUUCACACAAGAUCAUUUCUAUGGAUAGGAUUGCAUCUCUUCUGAAGAGAUGUACAAUAUUUAUUUGCUGUGAUUGUUCCAAUCAGGGAUUGGGGGGUGGGGGUGGGGGGAUGGGGAGGAAUGCCAAGUGGUCCUUAGUCAUAUGGAAGCAAAUGGCUGAGUACUGCAUUGAGCAAUGCUGCUAUGCAGCCAAGAUUGUAUUUUAUGGUAACAAGGAACAUCCUCGUGUUCUUGCCAAAAUGUAAAGUAUGUGCCUUUGUCUACUGAUUUUGAAUUUUACCUAAUGUUUCAUGAUCAGUGUAUUAAUACUGUAAUUUUGGAAUACCUUCAAAGCUUUCACAGUUGGUGUGCACAUCUGAUAGGCUGAAAUUAUGAAACUGAGGUAUGCAGUUUGCACUGUAGAAUAUUAGUGGGAAGUGCAUAUUUUCCUGUGUUCACAAAUACAUUUUUAAGAGCCAUUGAUUCUUGUAGCUAUUAUAUUUAGCAUCAUAUUGGGAAAAUUAUUUCCUGAUGUUACGGGGCUAAUUGUUCUGUACUGAGAAGGGGAAAGGAUCCUACUUGAUACUUGUUGCUUUGUAUUAAACAAAGAUUCCACCAUAAA